ACCAUUUCAGUGCACCAACUUCUUAAUUCAUCUAAUUACUUCAAGAAUUAUAGCCUACAAUGGAGGUCAACAACCAAUGCAAAUUUAUCUGCUUUGCCUUGAUCCUCAUCUUGGGGGCUUGGUCUUCUGAAGCCACUUCUCGAAAUCUCCAAGAUGCAUCAAUGUACGGGAGGUACGAGCAAUGGAUGGCUCGUUAUGGACGUGUCUAUAAUGAUGUCAACGAGAAGGAGGAACGUUUCCAGAUAUUCAAGGACAAUGUGGCAUUUAUAGAAUCUUCCAAUAAUGCGGGAAACAAACUUUACAAAUUGAGUGUGAAUCGAUUUGCAGACCUCACAAAUGAAGAAUUCACUGCCACAAGAAACCGGUUCAAGGGGCAUGAGUGUUCCACAAAGACCACUACUUUCAGGUAUGAAAAUGCUAGCGUGCCAGCUACAAUGGACUGGAGACAGAAAGGAGCUGUAACUCCCGUCAAGGACCAAGGCCAAUGUGGGUGCUGUUGGGCGUUCUCAGCCGUGGCAGCCAUGGAAGGAAUUACUCAACUUACAACUGGUAAAUUGAUUUCUUUGUCUGAGCAAGAGCUAGUUGACUGUGAUGUCAAUGGUGAAGAUCAAGGCUGUGAGGGUGGCUUGAUGGACGAUGCUUUUCAGUUCAUUAAUCAAAAUCAUGGACUCAGUACCGAGGCUAACUAUCCCUACACCGGUGUUGAUGGUACAUGCAAUGCACAGAAGGAGGCAAGCCAUGCAGCCUCGAUAACUGGGCACGAAGAUGUGCCUGCUAACAGUGAAAGCGCACUUCUUAAGGCAGUUGCUAAUCAACCUAUUUCUGUUGCCAUUGAUGCUAGCGGAUCUGAUUUCCAAUUCUAUUCAAGUGGUGUUUUCACCGGAACCUGUGGAACGAGCCUGGACCAUGGCGUUACCGCUGUUGGUUAUGGCAUCAGUGAUGAUGGGACUAAGUAUUGGUUGGUUAAGAACUCAUGGGGCGCAGAAUGGGGAGAAGAAGGUUACAUAAGAAUGCAAAGAGAUGUUGCUGCACAGGAAGGUCUUUGUGGUAUAGCUAUGGAAGCCUCUUACCCCACUGCUUGAUAAUGUGAUAUACCAUCAAAUGAAAUCAAUACCUUGUAUAUAUAUUAUAUGUACAUGAACGUGGCUUGUAAUAGGCCUAAUAUGUAAAAGAUACCACAUCUGUCGAAAAGCAAGUCUUAUUAUUAUUACAAAAAUUAAGAACCUGGUUUGCUAUUCAGUUGAAUUA